AUGGCGGAGGCGACGCAGGCCCUCGGCCGGGCCCGGGGGCUGGAGCCAGAGUCCGAGUCGGCUUCGGCCAGGGCCAGGGCCAGAGCCCAGGCCCAGGCCCAGGCCCAGGCCCAGGCCCAGGCCCAGGCCCAGGCCCAGGCAUGGGCCCAGGGCGACGGCGACCUGGGUGUACUCGGUCUGCUGCGCGUGAGGGACCAAUUGAAGGAGCAGUUCAGGGAGAACAACACGGCCGUUCUUGCCGAGAAAGAAAAUUUCCCUGAUCAUCCAAUUGAAGAAAAUUUUAUCCAGAGUGCCACACAAGAUCUGCAGAGAGAUGUAGAGGAAGUAAAAAUCUCUUUACAGAACAAGACAUUAGCCUUGCAAAGAAUCCAAAUUACGGAUGCCCUGAGAAGGAAAUUGAAACAAGAUGAUGAUGAUGACUCACGUCUGAUCCUGGAAACAAUAAAACAUAUAGUGUUGCUCAGCCGGACAAUAAUUGAAUAUCAGCAGCAGGCACAUCAGAAGGAGCAGCAGGUGAUUGACAUUAAAAUGAAAAGACUCUUACUAAAAAACGAAGGACAGAAACUACAGGAAAUUCAGACCAUUAUGAAAAAAACGGAGAAACAAGAAAGUAUGAAUGUCAUUGAAACAGAGAAGAUGCUUGAAGCAUUAGAAAAAGAAAGAGAGACAACUACAAUAGUUCAGAACGUGUUCCAGAACAUCAUAAUUGGAAGUGGAGUUAACUGGGCAGAAGAUCCAUCUUUAAAGGAAAUUGUUCUACAGCUUGAAAAAAAUGUCUAUCUUCAGUGAGUCAGGAGAUGUGGUUUAUUUUGUACAGUGUGUGCAUUUUAACUGAACUCCAUAGUUAUGUGUAUCUCAAAAACAUACUUCAAGAAUUUUUAGAUUUUGACUUUCUGAUAGAUGUUCUCUCUAGAGAAUCAGAAUGUGUCCAAGCAAUUAUUUGAAAUUAAAUUUGUUUUCUGGUAGAACAAACAUUUGUACAGGUAAUAGAGCUGAUGAAAUGAAACUACCUGAAGACUAAUUUUUCAAGCUGUCCUCUCUGGAGCUCUCAUUUUCCUCAGAAAGGCAACAAUAACACAAGACAGGUUCCAAGUUUUCAUGUAGAAAUGGACUUAAACUGACGCUUUGCUGUACCCCUUUCCUGGGGACCAGCAGGCCAUGGAGCUCAAACAGGAUGCACGACCCGCUCUAUCCCAGUCGAAAGCUCAGUCUGCAAAAUUUAUUGGCAAGUCUGGAGUUCAGAUUAUUUUUGUUUUUAAGGAAUUAUGUAUAACUUUAACCAGAAAUUUAGUGCUUUUUUUUAGCAGUGACUCUUGUCUGCAAAAGUUGUCUCAUGCUGUCAGCUGUGCAGCUAAGCAGUGUUUUAACCAUAUGUCUUGACUAGCAUUUGCACGUUUUCUAGUUGGUGUCUGAAGAAAAUGGACUCUUGGGGCGCAGCACAUUUUGGGAGUGUAGUCUUGGUUUUUAGCUUCA